AGCUGUGUAGCUCACACUAAAGCUAAAAGUUAUUAUUAAAGAGAGAGAGAGAUACACUUCCAAACAAGAGUUCAAAAAUUGAUGAAAAAAAGUUUCCAAAAAAUAAAGAGCACUCAACUCAAAGCCUGUGAUAUUGUUAUAACCAUAUCUUCAUGUGAUCAACUUUCAAAAGGCACAAUAAAUGUCUUGCCCAAUUGCACUUGAAUAUGCCUAUAUAAAAAGCCCACUUCACUUCCAUUCUUCUCAACACAACAUGAAGAUUUUCACAUUAUUUCUCAUUUCCAUCCUCCUCAUACAGGUUUUCGCCGAUGCUGCUGCUGCUGCUGAAGAGAUAGAGGCAGACAAUGAAGGAGCUCUUCACAAAAAAAUUCACACAAUUAAGAGGAUCCACUGCGGGUAUGCAUGUGCAAGGAGAUGCAAGAAGUCGUCAAGAAAGAAGGUGUGCAUGAGGGCAUGCAAGACAUGUUGUGCAAGAUGCAAGUGUGUUCCACCAGGCACUUAUGGAAACAAACAAGCUUGCCCCUGCUAUGCUAAGCUUAAGACUCAUGGAAACAGGCCUAAGUGUCCUUAAUUAAUUAAUAAAUUUUUUAAUUGAGAAAGAACAAUGCAUAUUAUUUUUAUUAAAUAAAUGCUUAGAUUUUAA